UCAAUGCCUUUGCAUUACAAAUUGAGGAGUGAAUUCCAUUUCCCAUGCCAAACCAUAACAAAACACUCACUUUCUUUCAUUCUUCCUUUGUUUCUCUUUGUUAUAUGCAAACUGCAAAGGCACAGUUGAACAAAAGUAAUGGGGAGCACAAUUCCCAUACUGGAAUUCAUGCCUGUAGGAUUCAGGUUCCGUCCAACAGAUGAAGAGCUUGUCGACCAUUACCUCAAACUUAAGUUGCAAGGUGAUGAUGUCGCUGUCCACAUCAUCCCUGACCUUGAUCUUUGUAAGGUGGAGCCUUGGGACGUACAUGCGUUUUCAGUGAUAAAGUCGGAUGAUCCAGAAUGGUUUUUCUUCAGUCCUCCAGAUUACAAGUAUUCAAACAGUAAAAGGUUUAAUAGGGCAACCAAGUGUGGUUUCUGGAAAGCCACUGGGAAUGACCGUAAAAUCAAGAAAAGGGGCACCAACAAUGUCAUUGGGACAAAGAAGACUCUUGUUUUCUAUGAAGGAAGACUUCCUUCUGUUGUCAAGACCAACUGGGUUAUUCAUGAAUAUCAUGCUACUACCUUUGAUGUUAGCCAGAGAAGUUUUGUUUUAUGUCGCUUGAUGAAGAAAGCUGAGAAAAAAGAUGGAGAAGGAACUGAUGCAUUGAUGCGUGAUGAAGGAGAGCCCAGUAGACUCAUGGCUUCUGACUGUGAAAAUCAAGCAACAGCUGAAGGAAAUGCAGAUGUAGGUACUUUGCCAGAAAUGAAAAUGGAAUCAAUCUUUCAGGCACCACUUCAGGCAGAGAACUUCCCCUCAACACAAAAGUCUCCAAUUGGCAUUGCGCAGGAAGCAUCGUUCCCAAACUCUCCAUGUCUGAAUGCCUAUUCUAGAAAUGAAAACAGCAGUGUGCAGACACCAUUUGAAACUGCUGAAGAGGAAGAUGAGUUCUUGAAUUCAAUUUUAGCUGAUGAAGAUUUUUUUAUCAUUGAAGAAAGGAGACAUGCUUUUGUAAAUGAAUCCACCCAAUCAGAGUCAUUGAGAAGGGUAUACUAUGAAAGCAGUGACACGGAUGCUGAAGUAGUCUCUGCACGGUAUGGCAAAAUUCUGGAUGCUUCAACGGUGUGUAAUGAACAUUCUACUUCAGGCGAACACCAUGCCUCAAAAAUGUUUAAAUCAUCACAUGGUGCUGUCCAUGGCGGCACACGUCUUCUAUCUUCUGACCAUGAAGCAAACAAAGAGAAAAAGGAGAGUAUCUUUCGAGAUGAUUGCUUCGGAGUGGGGACAUCCUCUUGUGACUCGACUGCAGAUAAACCUUUGGAGAUCAAUUGUAUUGAGAUUUCUAGUUCUCCUUCAACUCUAAGGAGAUGGAAAAAUCAUUAUUAUCCAAGACCAGACAACUUUACAUCACAAAGAGCUGCUACAAGAAGAUCUCAUCCUCAGAAGAAGGUUUCAAGCAGUGCAGCAUCCCAUCUUGAGGCUAAGAAGCAAUUGCCCAUUGUGGAAUCAGAAAAAGAUAAAAAAAAAGUUCAAAAUACUAGUUCAAGAGAGAAUUUAGCAUUCAGAAGCCAUCAAUCCUCUGAUGUCAAUGGAAUAGGUUCUUUUUUCCGCCUGGAGACACCAAGCCAAAGCCUAUUUCCACGCUCGGUAUAUCUUGCCAAUGUAGUUUUAGGGAUCUUGUUGUUAAUAGUCAUUAGUUGGGAAGCGUUAUCAUGUUAGGAGUGCAGUUAGUGCAUGUGAGGGGUACUAUGGUUCCUUUUCUCGUAGUGCUGCUACAAGGCAAGCUUUGUUUUAGGAAUUUCAUCGUUAUUAGAUAGGUAAGGUAUAUAGUUUACAUAGAUUUUGCACUGAUGCAAGCUUACUGCAUCUUUCUUAUCAUAAUGAAAUGUUUAUGCUCACUAUUUGUAGCUUUUUCCAUAGUCAUUAAUUUUGCAAUUGCAAUGUUGAUACCCUCUAUAAUUUAAAUAUAGAGUAAAUCCCUAAAUUGGUCCUCCAAAGACUAGUGUGUUACUGCAUUAGUCGUACAAAGAUUUUUGUCAACCAAAUUAGUUCCUCAAAGAUGCAAUAUAGUUUCAAAAUUUGUCCUCAUGUGUCGCCACUUUAGUUCUCCAUAAGGACAAAUGUGGUGACAUUUCAAAUCUUUGAAGGACUAAUUUGGCGAUACAACCUUUGAAGGGUAAAUUUCAGGGUUUACUCGUUAAAUUUGUUAUGAUGUGAACUUUAAGGCUAAAUAAAUUUAUUUUGUUUCCUGAAUUUUGAACAAUUUUAUCAAGAUGAACUGUCUUAUAUGCAGCUAAUAUACUUGGUGGUUACUGAAAGCAGUGUUGAGUGAUAUAGAUAGACAAAAUAUAUGAAUAAGCCUAUGUUGGCCUUUCCUGAAAAUGUUAUAAUGUUCACAAUAUACUGGUAUGUGUGUCAGGUCAAUUGUUCAAUACCUUGUCAGCUUCAGAAACUUAUUUUCUUAUCCAAUAAAGGUGUGUCAGUAAAUCAUCACAAAAGUGAUUAAAAAUUAAAAUCAGUUUUGAGUUCUGGUAGAAAGAUACUCUUUUGUCCAGUAGCAAUCUUCAUGGCCAAUUUCUGAACGUGCCUAAAUAAAAAAUGUCAUUUAGUAGAACCAGUCCAAAAUCAUUAUUCAAAACAAGGAAAUAGGAAGCACAUAUGGGAAUUUAAGCCAUCCGAAGUUUCAUUUAUUUAAUGAACAUCUUAGGAUACACAAGUCUGAUACAAUCAGUCAAGCCAGCUAAAGUAGGCUGUACACUCUAUGCAACAUAGCACAGUGCCUGGCUAAGUGUGAACGGCUUCAAGGUUUUAGGAACAGCCACCAGAGUCUUUUUUUAGAUAGGGUCUUUUAUUCCAUUUAUCAAUGCUCUCAAGAACCAAAUAUAUUAGCUGGAGAAAGUUUAUGGUCAUAAAAUAGUUGACAAUUCAAGUAACAAAAGAGAUUAAUAUAACCAUAUGGUUUGUAGCAUAAUAUAUUUAAACUACACAGGGUAUGUGGAUUGCAAUUAUUGAAUUAAUGAUUAUAGAUAAAACUAUUACUUGCAGCUUUGAAUAUUUCGUUAUGAUAGGAAAGAUGCAGUAAGUUGCAUAAUUGUAAGACUAUGUGAAUUUUACCUUAUGUAUCUCAUCAUGAUGAAAUUGUUGAAACAGAAAAAGGUCCUGAAGCAGCUCUUCUCAGAUGAAGAGAAGACGUCCAGCCCCCUUAUCUUUCCUCACAAGAACAGAACUUCCAACACAUAAGCUUCCCAAAUACUACUAUACACGAAGGAAAUGGUGAUGACUAGCAGAAGAUUUGAAUACAAAAUGUGCAGAGCCUAUGUUGAAAAACUCAAUGGCUGUAUGGAGGACACUAGUUUUGGGGUGGGAGCAGAAAGCCUUCAGUUUUAAGGUGAAGAAUACAGUGAUCUCCCCCAGUUAACAAAGGAUUGUGGGAAGACAACUACUUUCAUUUUUAAUCAUCCUCAGUUGAACAUUGUUUUUUAGCAGCAAGGAUGCCUUAUUCUGGAAUAUUUAUGAGAAAUAUUAAAAUUUAUGGGAAAUAUAUGUAGAAGCCCAUAAAAAGCAUACCUGUAUUUUAAGGAUCCCAUUUUUUUUGUAUAUGGAAUCAACUAUGAUAAGAUUUUGAUGAUCCCUGUCCAAUUUUUUCAGGCAAG